AUGGGCGUGCAGCCGCCUCAGCCGCCUCAGCCCGGGCUGGGAGCGGCGGCCCCGGCGGCGGGCGGCGGCGGGCGGGGCCCCCGCGGGGGCUCCGCGGCGGGCGGCUGGAAGCUGGCGGAGGAGCCGGUGUGCCGCGAGGACGUGACGCGCGUCUGCCCCAAGCACAGCUGGGCCAACAACCUGGCCGUGCUCGAGUGCCUGCAGGACGUGCGGGAGCCGGACAAUGAAAUUUCAUCAGACUGCAACCACCUGUUGUGGAACUACAAGUUAAACCUCACUACAGAUCCAAAAUUUGAAUCAGUGGCUAGAGAGGUUUGCAAAUCUACCAUAUCAGAGAUCAAAGAAUGUGCAGAUGAGCCUAUUGGAAAAGGCUACUUGGUGUCCUGCCUGGUAGAUCACAGAGGAAACAUCACCGACUACCAGUGCCACCAGUACAUCACCAAAAUGACAGCCAUAAUUUUCAGUGAUUACCGCCUGAUCUGUGGCUUCAUGGAUUUCUGCAGGACAGAUAUUAACCUCCUGAAGUGUGGCAGCAUUCGACCUGGAGAGAAGGAUGCCCAUUCUCAAGGAGAGGUGGUGGCCUGCCUGGAGAGGGGCCUGGUGAAGGAAGCCGAGGAGAGCGAGUCCCGAGCAAAGCUCUCGGAACAGUGCAAGAAGGCGAUUCUCCGCGUGGCAGAGCUCUCCUCUGACGAUUUCCACUUGGACCGGCACCUGUACUUCGCCUGCCGGGACGAUCGGGAGCGCUUCUGUGAAAAUACGCAGGCUGGGGAAGGCAGAGUGUACAAGUGUCUCUUUAACCACAAGUUUGAAGAUGCCAUGAGUGAAAAGUGCCGCGAUGCAUUGACAACCCGACAAAAGCUGAUCGCUCAGGAUUACAAAGUCAGCUACUCCUUGGCAAAGUCCUGCAAAAGCGACCUGAAGAAAUACCGUUGCAAUGUCGAGAAUCUUCCUCGUUCCCGGGAGGCCCGGCUGUCCUACCUGCUCAUGUGCUUAGAGUCUGCUGUGCACAGAGGUCGACAGGUGAGCAGUGAGUGCCAGGGUGAAAUGUUGGACUACCGGCGCAUGCUGAUGGAGGACUUUUCCCUGAGUCCAGAGAUCAUCCUCGGUUGCCGCGCUGAGAUUGAGCAUCACUGCUCAGGGCUGCAUCGGAAGGGCCGCACUCUCCAUUGCCUGAUGAAAGUGGUCAGAGGGGAGAAGGGGAGCCUGGGAGUCAACUGUCAGCAGUCGCUUCAAACCCUGAUCCAGGAGGCAGAUCCUGGCGCUGAUUACCGCAUCGACAGAGCCUUGAACGAAGCCUGUGAAUCAGUGAUACAAACGGCCUGCAAACACAUCCGUGCUGGGGACCCCAUGAUUCUUUCGUGCCUUAUGGAGCACCUCUACACGGAGAAGAUGGUGGAGGAGUGUGAGCACAGGCUGCUGGAGCUGCAGUACUUUAUUUCGCGGGACUGGAAGCUUGAUCCUGUCCUCUAUCGCAAGUGCCAGGGAGACGCCUCUCGGCUUUGCCACACGCACAGCUGGAAUGAGACGAGCGAGAUGAUCCCUCCCGGGGCGGUCUUCUCCUGCCUGUACAGGCACGCCUAUCGCACAGAGGAGCAGGGAAGGCGGUUGUCCCGAGAAUGCAGGGCCGAAGUGCAGCGAAUUCUGCACCAGCGCGCACUGGAUGUGAAACUGGAUCCGGCUCUCCAGGACAAGUGCAUGAUAGACCUGGGGAAGUGGUGCAGCGAGAAGACGGAGCCUGGACAGGAACUGGAAUGUCUCCAGGACCAUCUGGAUGACUUGGUGGCUGACUGCAGAGACAUCGUUGGGAAUCUCACGGAGCUGGAAUCGGAGGACAUCCAGAUAGAAGCCUUGCUCAUGCGAGCGUGUGAGCCAAUCAUCCAGACCUUCUGCCAUGAAGUAGCAGACAACCAGAUCGAUUCAGGAGACCUCAUGGAGUGCCUUAUCCAGAACAAACACCAGAAGGAGAUGAACGAGAAGUGCGCCAUCGGGGUCACCCACUUCCAGCUGGUCCAGAUGAAGGAUUUCAGAUUCUCCUAUAAAUUUAAAAUGGCUUGCAAGGAGGAUGUCCUAAAACUCUGUCCCAACAUCAAGAAGAAGGUGGACGUGGUGAUCUGCCUGAGUACAACCGUGCGGAAUGACACACUGCAGGACGCGAAGGAGCACCGGGUGUCUGUGAAGUGCCGCAAGCAACUGCGUGUCGAGGAACUGGAAAUGACAGAGGAUAUCCGCCUGGAGCCAGACCUUCACGAGGCAUGCAGAAGCGACAUCAAGACCUUCUGCCAGAACGUCCCCUUUGGCAACGCACAGAUUAUUGAGUGUCUGAAGGAAAACAAGAAGCAGCUGAACUCCCGCUGCCACCAGAAGGUCUUCAAACUCCAAGAGACAGAGAUGAUGGAUCCAGAACUGGAUUACACCCUCAUGCGUGUCUGCAAACAGAUGAUCAAGCGAUUCUGCCCAGAAGCAGAUGCAAAGAACAUGCUGCAGUGUUUGAAACAGAACAAGAACAGCGAAGUGAUGGAUCCCAAGUGCAAACAGAUGAUCACCAAACGGCAGAUCACGCAGAACACAGAUUAUCGGUUGAAUCCGGUGCUCAGGAAGGCCUGCAGAGCAGACAUCCCUAAAUUCUGUCAGAGCAUUCUGAGCAAAGCCAAGGACGACUCGGAGCUGGAAGGGCAGGUCAUAUCCUGCCUGAAACUGAAAUACGCAGACCAGCGUCUCUCCCCGGAUUGCGAAGAUCAGAUCCAAGUGAUAAUUGAAGAGUCUGCUCUGGAUUACCGGUUAGAUCCGCAGUUACAGAUGCACUGCUCAGAGGAGAUUUCUAGCUUGUGUGCAGAGGAGGUGGCAGCCCAGGAGCAGACAGGGCAAGUCGAAGAGUGCCUCAAAGUCAACCUGCUGAAAAUCAAAGCAGACGUGUGCAAAAAGGAGGUGCUGAACAUGCUCAAAGAGAGUAAAGCGGACAUCUUCGUGGACCCGGUCCUCCACACAGCCUGUGCGCUGGAUAUUAAGCACCACUGCGCGGCCAUCCCACCUGGGCGUGGGCGACAAAUGUCCUGCUUGAUGGAGGCCCUGGAAGACAAGCGUGUACGGUUGCAACCAGAGUGUAAGAAGCGCCUCAAUGACCGGAUUGAAAUGUGGAGCUAUGCUGCCAAGGUUGCCCCCGCCGAAGGCUUUUCGGACCUUGCCAUGCAGGUGAUGACUUCGCCCUCCAAGAACUACAUCCUCUCCGUGAUCACCGUGGGCAUCUGUCUCCUGUUCCUGAUUGGCCUGAUGUGUGGGCGCAUCACGAAGCGAGUGACACGAGAGCUGAAGGACAGACUGACGACCUGCAGCUCAAGAGGUUUUUAAGAUACGUUUUUAAAGAUCUGUUCCAGACAUCAUCACGUUGGGCAGUGGCUCCUGGUGGGGAAACGUGUGCGCUCCGUGGCGAGGCAAGAGGACUGGGGGAAGGGGCUUCAGCCACCACUCACUGCUGGCCUUGCUUUGGACAUCUGGUUCACCCUUGAACAAGCAUCUCGAAGUCAUACUCAGCCAACAGACGCUGUCUUCAGAGGUCCAUCACCUUUAUUGAUCUCCUGCUUUUGUUACUGUGUUCUGUUGUGUGUGUGUUUUAAUUAAUUUGAUGGCUUGUUUCUCUAUUUUUGCUGAAAGGCGAUGCCUUUCAUAUUUCCCCUCAUCUCUGGGAUUAAUAAAAUAUUGAAUGGAAGAAAGACACGCCACAGCUCUUAUAGGCGCCCCUUUUGAACCCAUUUCAUGCCCCAAGAGAUGCCUUUGGUUAAGUGAUAGUGGAAGUAGAGUUCCUCGAAAGGAUACAGGAUUUUUGAGCUCCAGAGAAGGAUGUGCACAGCUGGGAAUACUUGGCAUUCCUAGGCUGGCUAGGGAGAAGUUCCUGAAGGUUUCCUCUGCGGGGCCAGGAGCCUUACUUGUUGCGGAAGCAAGUCCGGCUUCCCCACUGCAGUGUCACAUUUGAGGAGUCAUCCGCCUCUUUGAGGGUUAGGGAGAUAGGCAAGAUUCUAGCACUAGGCAAGGAAGAGCGCUCGUCGGGGGGCAGAGCUCCAGAGUGCAGGAAUGGACGGUGUUUUCUCCCAGUCGGAACGAGGGGGCCUCUUUGUGGGACCAGCGCCCCUGUGGCGCCGCUCCGAGUCUGAGCGGGAAGGUCGCAAAGUGGAGGCACGGCUGCGCUGCCACGGCCCCACUGGUCGGGCAUCAGCCAGUCGGUCAAGGAUGGUCCCUCCGUGCGCUGGAGGGAGGAGUGCGUGCCUCGUGGAUCGCGCUGCUGCACAGCUUGUGUGCCCCCCCCCCCCACGUUUCCCGGCUUCGCUAUUGCAGCCAUGUUGCGUAUGAAUUCAUAGGUACGUGUUAAUCUCUCUGCAUCCUGCAUCUGUUUCACACAAUUCAGGGGCCUUUCUGCAAAGGGACCAGCUGACAGGCUGUCAUAUGUACCAGUACUGUGAGUGCUUUCUGCUGCUCUGCAAGCAUCGGUUAAAAGGUACAGUAGUUUUUGGGAUAGGAAACCUUUGCUUUUCAUCCCACUGGAAAGUAAGCAAUGCAGUUUCUGACUAGUUUUCUGCACCUGGGGAUGGAAAGAUGUGCCAGUCCUGCCCCCCACCCCGCAGGUCUUGUCUUAUUUUUCUUUCCUGGAUUGCCAGCAAUUCUCAGGCCUCCCGAGUGAAACAGAUGCAACCAGGGGAGUGUUGCAAUAAGUCACUCCCCCUCCUGAUGGUGUGUACGGAAGGAAUGUUUGGGUGGUGGCAAGCAGCGUCUCACUUCCUCCCUCAAAGGCCACUUACAUUCUUUUGAGCAAACCAAAGCAAGAGAUGGGAGAAUUUCUUGUUAGGAACUGCUGGGGUCCACAGUGCUUACCUGAUCGUAUCUGCCACCAUCCGGCACUGGAGACAGCAGUGUGGGGAGGGGAGCAACAUGGUUGUUCCUGAGCAGUCUAGCUGCUGUGAAAUGCGAAUUGCGAGGCUGGCUGUGAAAUGUGAAUUGCGGGUGGGUGGAGUUACCGGGAGCAGCUUGCGGUGCAUCUUGCUCCGGCCCUGCAAGACACUGGGAAGGAGCUGCUGCCGGCAUGGGUGGUUGGUUGAGCUCUGUGAACUCGUGAAAGUGCUGCUGCGAAAGAGAGAAGGCCCCGGUCAUCCUGGGUUGCACGUGCCCUGUCAUACUACGCACGAGGAACUAUUCUUCCCUUGCUCUUCUCCAGAGAGCCUCACUUGCCUUCCCUGAUCCUGGUGAGAGCACCACAGUAGUACCAGUUUGCUCUUCUCUCAGAAGCAGCCAGUUCUCUGUCCCAAGACCCAGAAGCAGUUUCCAUGCCGCCGCCUCGGGUUCAGACCGGGCUCGUUCCUCAGAGGCUAUCCACGCGCACAGGGAAGCGCUCAUCUAUCCAAAAGCGUUCCUCCUUGCUCACUUAGCUUCCGGACUGCUGUUUCUUCAAACAGUUUCCUCUGCAAACAUGCGUUGCAUCGCCGGCAUCACACUUUUCCUCCUGGGGUGCACAAGACAGAAUAAGGUCUGCUUCUUGAAGAAGGUGGAAAUGGCUGUCUGCUUUUUCUAGCCAGGUGUUGGAUCCUGAAACAUAUUUAUGGAUUGGGUGGCAGGAGUAUGUUUUCAGUUGCUUCGCCUCUUUUUUAAAGAACCACGUCCAGUUGCUGACACUUGCUUUCUGCACCACUUUGGCCUUGAUGGUUGGGGUACCACAAGCUGUUCCAGCUUCUACCCUCGGUGCUGAAGCUUUUCCCUUUGGAGGAAAGGAACACGGAUGAUCUGGGAGAUGGGAUGCUCUGGAGUUGUGGAUAGCUGGACUGGGUGCUUUCCUGUGAGGGGCAGGAGAAACACCGUGCCUAUGACAUGGUUCCUGCAAUGGGGCUCUGCAGAGGAUCCUUGGUGGAGGCAGAGCAGUAGUGACACCCCUUAGCUGAGACUCUUUGGUGUAGCAUGUACCUUGUGUCCCAUUAUGAGCCAAGUCCCCCGGCUGCAGAAAACGGCUCAGCUGUCCUGCUCGCCCGGGUCUUUGUAAGACCGGGGUUGCAAGGCUGUUUCUGGAGUGUUGUCUGUAAGGGAGGCAGAAGGAGUGGUCUGCAGGAAAAGGUGCCAGCUAGCUGGGAAGGUGGUACUCAAUGCUAGGCCUUUGCGAUGGGCUGGCAAUUUCUCUGCGGCUUGCGCGGGCCGGCAUGCUGCUUUGGCAUGCGAUGCACCCAACGCCAUUGGUGUGCCCUCGUUGGUUCAGAUUGGCUAGCCAGAGUUUCCUGGAGAUGCAUGAGAUGAGAUGGGCUGCAGCUUUUCCCUUCAGCUGCGUUUUGGAGCUCGUAAUGAUGGUUUUUUGAUCACAGACUGACCAACUUGCGCUAGUGUGGUUUAGGUUUGAAGGAAGCAAGUUGCAUGCGCGAAGUAACUCAGGAUGGCGGACGGGAGGCCCUUCCUGCAGCUUUGAAAUCCAGCCCAACAGAGAGAGAUUAAGUGGUAGAUUGUAUGGCAGAUGUUGGCUGACUAGUCCUUUUAAAAAUGUAACAUUAACAAGUUGGGGUUUUUUUUGUAAAUUGUUUUUUUUCCUAUGUACAAAAUCUCAGCCAUCCUUUGUUUUUACAUGUUCAUGCUGUGUAAUUUUGAAUUGUUAACUGAAAUACUGAACAUAAUGUGCAUUUUUUUCUGUACAGAUGAAAUGGGAGAAUUUAAUAAAAAAGAGUCUGCAGGUU